GUGGGCUCUGGAGAGUUUAGCACUGCUUUUAGUUAUACGAUGUUCCUUCCAGUUCUGCUGCUGCUGGCAGCUUCAUCCUAUGUGGAAUGUGCAGUAGAGCUCACUCAGGACACCUCAGUGAUGUUAAAGCCUGGAGAUUCUUUAAUCCUCAGCUGUAAAGUAUCCGGUUACUCACUUACUGAUAACAGCUAUGCCACAGCUUGGAUUCGACAACCUGCAGGGAAAACUCUGGAAUGGAUAAACCACAUUUGGGGGGGUGGAAGUAUAGGUUAUAAAGAGUCUCUUAAAAGCAAGUUCAGUGUUUCCAAAGAUGCCUCCAGCAGCACGGUGACACUGAGAGGACAGAACAUGCAGACUGAAGACACAGCUGUGUAUUACUGCGCUCGUGUAACACACAGUGACACAACAAGCUGCAGUGCUGCAAUGUUCUCUACAUCUCUACUGCUCCUGCUGGCAGCUGCUUCUUAUGUGCAUGGUGAGGAACUGACUCAGCCUGCUUCCAUGACAGUCCAGCCAGGCCAGAGUCUCUCCAUCCAGUGCAAGGUUUCAUAUUCACUUACGAGCUAUGGUACAGCUUUCAUUAGACAACCUGCAGGAAAAGCUCUGGAGUGGGUCACACUUAUGGGUUAUGAUGGUAAAACGUACUACAGUGAGAAACUGAAAAGCAGGUUUCAGGUUACCAGAGACACGUCCAGCAGCACAGUGACAUUAACAGGACAGAACAUGCAGACCGAAGACACAGCUGUGUAUUACUGCGCU